GCAGAGGCAGAGGUGAGCCUCCGCUGCUGCUACACUUCACUCUGGGAAAGGAAAAGCGGCCGACGGACGGAUUAUCAGCUCAGUAACAGUUAGCUCGUCGGCUAACGGGUCAACAUCAAAACAAGCAACCGCGGGGGAGCCAUGAAAACCCUCCAGUGAAAGUUCCCCACGGUUUACCCGGAGACUUUAAUGCAAGGAAACGCACAAAAAAGGAGGUUCCCGGAUCAUGCCUUCGGGAACGGGAAGGCUAGUUUAGGGGCUAGCGAGGCUGCAAACUAUUUUUAAUUGGCUUUACAUGGCUCCUGCUUGUGUUCUCCUGUCAUAGCGACAGUUUGGGGAAUUAAAUAAGAAAAGGAGAGGCCCUUCAUGACUAACCAAAAGCCCGGAUUUAAAGCGUAAUUUGGGAAGAGAAAGCUGGCAAAGGGACCCAAAAUGAAGAAGCAGUUCAAUCGGAUGAAGCAGCUCGCCAAUCAAACUGUUGGCAGAGCGGAGAAAACAGAAGUCCUCAGCGAUGACCUCCUGCAGAUUGAACGGCGCAUGGAGUUGGUGCGCGUCGUUUCGCACAACACACACAAGAGGAUGGUGUCGUGCCUACAGGGACACAUCGGGGCAGAGGCAGAAAAGAGACAUUCCGUACCGCGCCUCUAUACAGGAAACGGUCAGAAAAAGCUCCCCCUUACUGCACUAUCCCAGGCCAUGGUGGAAGGAGGAAACCAGCUGGGAGAGGACUCCUUGAUAGGGAAGAUGAUGGAAGUGUGCGGCGAGGCGGAGAAUCGCCUGGCAUCGGAGCUGAUGCAACACGAGCUGCAGAUCGAGAAGGACGUCCUGGAUCCCCUCAGCCAGCUAGCAGAGGUGGACAUUCCCAACAUCCUGAAGCAGAGGAAACAGCUGGCCAAACUGGUGCUGGACUAUGAUUCCGCCAGAGCAAGAUGGUUGCAGGCAACCAAGUCGAUAAUCUCAGGAACAAACACUCACGCACUGACGGCCAAGGCUGACCUUCUCAAAGAGGAGAUGGACGAGGCCAUGAACAAAGUGGAGCUCUGCAAGGAUCAACUCGCUGCAGACAUGUACAGUUUCUUCUCCAAAGAAGGCGACUAUGCCCGCUACUUCGUAACACUCUUAGAAGCUCAAGCUGAUUACCACAGAAAGUCUCUCACUGUGCUGGAGAGUGUGUUGCCAACAAUCCAGGAUCAGCAAGACUCGUGGACGGAGAAGCCAGCUUUCGGCACGGCGCUGGAUGAACACCUGAAGAGGAGCGGAAGAGAGAUCGCUCUGCCGCUGGAGGCCUGCGUCAUGAUGCUGCUGGAGACCGGCAUGAAGGAGGAGGGUCUGUUCAGAAUCGCAGCAGGGGCUUCCAAGCUAAAGAAGCUAAAGGCAGCGCUGGACUGUUCCACUUCACAACUGGAGGAGUUCUACUCGGACCCCCACGCUGUCGCCGGAGCACUGAAGUCUUACCUGAGGGAACUCCCUGAACCUCUGAUGACGUUCCAGCUUUAUGACGAAUGGAUACAAGCAUCCAGUGUGUCAGACCCGGACAAGAGGCUCCAGGCUCUCUGGGUUGUGUGUGAUAGUCUCCCAAAGAACAACAAAGCCAAUCUGAAAUAUCUGGUGAAGUUUCUAGCCAAACUGGCCCAGGACAGCGAUGUGAACAAAAUGUCUCCGAGCAACAUCGCCAUCGUCCUGGGACCCAAUCUGAUGUGGGCCAAGACUGAGGGGAGUCUGGCUGAGAUGGCUGCAGCUACCUCUGUGCACGUGGUGGCCAUCAUCGAGCCCAUCAUCCAGCAUGCUGACUGGUUCUUCCCUGAGGAUGUUGAGUUCAAUGUGUCCGGCAUGUUUGCAAUGCCUACCCCUGCAUCCAACCACAACAACCACCUGGAUUACGACUGCAGCACCAUCGAGAGGAAGAGGCCGGGCAGCAUGGUGGGGCCAGAGAACGACACGACGCGCAAAGACAACACACCUAACAAGCACUCGGACCACACCCUGCGUAGAGGCAGUAACACCUUAGGUAGAAAGCAGCACACCUCACCUGCCUUCCAGCCCCCUUUACCCCCUGUGGAGGCUCCGGGGCACGGGGCUGCUCAGACCCCCACGCCCUCAGUCGAGCCCCAGCCCCCGGCUCCAUCAGGGGGUCCGGGGCCUGACGCUGCCCAGCAGAGCCUGGCUCAGAGCCUGGCUGCUCUCACCGCCGCUCAGCAGCUCCUAGCGCAGCACACAGAGGAGCUCAGCAAUCCAAAAUUGCGUGAUCAUACACCGGCCCCGACCCCUCAGCUCCAGAGGAAUGGAUCUGGAGGGGGCCACACUGUAGGGCAGCUGGGCACAGGGACCCCCGGGGCUGGACCCAUGGGGCCCAGUCCUCAUCUGAUGCGCAGAGGUACCAAGAAGCAGGCUCCGGCCCCCCCCAAGCCGCUGAACCCUCCGCCCGGCCAGCCCUGUUACGCAGCGAACCACGCCCCUCCCUCAUCCAACUGCCUCAGCCCCUCCCCCAGACCCGUGUCCGGCCACUCGCCGACCUCCCCCAACUCCCCCUCCUCGCAGCCCUGUGCCACGCCCCGACGCCACUCCAGCAACCAGCCUCCCAUCCAGGCGCCCAGCCACCCGCCCCCCGAGCCCCCGUCACCGGCCAGUCCUCAAACGCAUCGCGGCGGGGCGGACCCUCAGAGCACGGAGCCCUCGCCUCCAGGCACCCCUACUCCUCCGGACACCCCUCCGCCCUCCACUACAACCACCACUGCCCAGGAAGUAGCUCCUCCGUCCCUGUCUCCCUACCAGUCGGGCUCCCUCCCCCGGCCGAGACCCGUCCCCAAACCCCGGAACAGGCCCAGCAUCCCCCCCCCUCCACAGCCCUCGACCCUGACCGGGGACACCAACGGGAUCUGUGCCACCGCCUACAAGAUGAUGGACCCUGCGAUGUCUUUCCGGGGGUUGAGUCGAGCGUUGGUCCCUGAGCUCGCUGUAGAGCAGCAGCCGGCGGCUUCCACCUGCCCGCCUCCAACCAGAGACUGUGAGCUGGACACUGAGAGCACCGUCCUGUAAAGAGGAGGAGGAGACCACACACACACACACACAUAUAGACACACACCCCUCAUUUAAUCUGCUCGUCCCUUAUCCGGAACCCGAGGACUUUAAUGUGACGUAACACUUCUGGAAACCAUGAUGGAGGUCCUGCUCUUGCUUUAAAAAUACGGCUUUAAAAAAACUACUCUUGAUAUUCUUCAUUUUGAGAUGAGGACUGCAGCUAACCUUUAUCUGUGAUGAAUCUGCUGGUUAUUUCCCAAUAAAUAGAUUAUUCUUGUGGUGCCCAACUACAGUAGUCUGAAAAUAAUCAAACAUUUCCAAGGUUUCCUGUUUAAAUGUCUCUUAUUGACAGUCCUGAACCGAAAGUGAAAUCCAUAUUAAAGAGGCUAAAAAGAACAUUUUCUGCAAGUGCGAUUUAUAUCAUAUAUUUUGACACGUCAUAGUUAGAGCUGAAAGACAUUGAGUCAAUAUCUAUUUACUGUAACAAUUUAAAAAUACAUCAUAUUUAAGCUAAAAAUACCAGAAAAACUAGCUACUCGAAUAUCUGAACCUCAACUUUCAACUCUUUCUGGACAUUUUAUAGACCACAUGAUUCAUUUAGAGACCAACCAGCCGACCAAACAACGGUUAUAGUGGGGGUAUCAUCAUAUGAGACCACCACCUUCUUCUUCUCUGUUUUUGAACACUUUAUUUGGAGUCACAGAACAUUUAAAUUAUAUUUUGCGUAGCUGAAUCCAAUCUGUGAUCCUAAAACAAUAAAUAAAUGAAAACAACUGAUGAAGAAACCCCGAAACAAAACCCCUUCUCCACUUCCAGAGCUGCCGUUACUCGCCGUUAUUUACCCAGAAUCCUCCGGACCUCCAUCGUGGUACCAGCCGGUGUCAUGGGGAGAGUUGUGUCACUGAAGCGUCCACGCUGCCCACGCCCGGCUGUCUUUACACCGCAGACAAUCACACAGCCGCUGACUCGCCAUGACGGAUAGAAAGCGUGGCUACUGACCGCGGGGGAGGGGGGUGGGGCGGGGCACACACACGCCAAAAUAUGGACUGGUUUUGGACCUUGGUGUGAGGCUUUAGUAUGUUUUUUUAUGUUGAAAAAAAAGGCCUUAGAACAAUAAGUGAAUUAAAGAAGAGGCACGUGGGGAGGGGGAAUGAAAUGAAACAAAAUGUCAGCGGGUGACGGAGAAACCAAAAAAACUGUUGAAGUGUGACUGCGGGUUUCCAGUCGUCUCAAACACUUGAUUUGUUUAUGGCAUCCCCUCACUCCUGUAUUUAUUUACUGAUGUAACACACAUUCCCUGUGGCUUGACGUAAUUAAUGCAGUCUUUAAAUGUAAAUCAUGCCUUAAGGGUUCCUCCCAGAACCAACACACAAAAACACAUAUAUAUAUUUACUGUAUCGGCUCCUAGUACCACAGUAUUCUCCAUGAAGCUGUCUUGGCAUCGAGUUUGUUUCAGGGACGUGAGGAAGGUGACCCUCUGCAAUAGAAGUCUUGUAUUGUUAUUUAAAUGUGUUUUUUGGUUGAUUUCUUUGGGGUUUUAUAAGCAGAAGUAUAAACCACCGGCCCAGGCUCGAACAGUCAGUAUUUCUUUUGCCUUUUUUUCUGUUUAUUCUCCAUCGAUCUGUGUGUGUUUUUAAGGAAGGCUGUGUGUGAGUGAAUGAUGUGAAAGGACAGAUGUUUCCGGCCUGAACAGAAGGACGCACGAACAGCUGAUGAUGCACUUGAGCGCGGGCCGAUAUGUGGUUUAUUAGUGAACUGGUUUCUGUCUUUCCCACUGAGCUGAGAGCACGCAGCGCUGUGAACCCUCAGUAGUGAAGUGGUGUCAGAUUUCUCCAGGUCCAAAAAAAAAAAAUGCUUUAUGAAGAAAAACGUAUUUCUGUGUAAGCUUUUUGCUUUCUGGCCUCAGACGUAACGCAGAGUGGUUCUGACCCGAUAUGGUACCAAUGAAGAACGUCUUGGAUGCUGCAAUCCCCCCCCCCCCUCCCCUCUCUCUGCUCCUGUACCUCGCUGCCUUAUCCUGAAGACGAACAAACGCCAUUAAACUAGAAGAUGAUAAUGCUGCCGUUUUAAGCGCCAUUGUUUUGUAUGUAUGCCAUCUGGUGAGCUGAAAUAUGGAAUAAAAACAUGUAAUAUGAAA